AUGGUCUCCUACGACGGUUUCGAGUUGUUGGGCCAGACUUUCGGCGUUGCGGGGUUGCCCCGCUUUGCUCUGGCCGACCACGAGGACGACGACGUGGUGAACGUCCGCUCGCCCAUUAUCUGCAAGCCGGCGAGCUCGGACGCCGCCUGCACGCGAAGCGCCACGCUGAGCCCAACGUGCGUGUCGGCGCUCGCUCGAGACGAAGUCGGCCGAGGCGACGAGCCCUCGUGGACGAUCCAAGAGUUCCAAGAGUACUUGGGUAUGCUGGAGCUGCUCCAGGAGGUCUGCAGUAGCUCGGAAGGCGACGAGCUGUGCUUGUCGGCCGACAGUCUCGGCCAAAUGGAGCGGCUACUGACGUCGCUACUCCCCCAAGGAGCGUGA